CCUAGCGAGCCAGCAAGCAAGCAGACGCUGUGGCACUCUUGCGUUGUGACGAGUCCAGUUGGCGCGCCUGUCUCUCCGCCCUAUUUCCUUAGUGCAUUCACAACGUUCACAACCCUGUGCUCGCUUUCGUAAGAUCACAAACACAGAUAUCAGACUACGGACUGCAGUGAGAAUAAGAAACCAUCUCUCUUCACCACAGUGUAUUGGUGAAUGAGCAUCAUUGUUGUACAAUGUGUGUCCGAUGAGUUUAAUUGUUAUUCCGUGUUUCAUAUUGUUCUGUGCUCUUUUGUAACGAGAAUGAAAGUGACUAAAACGUAGUCACAUGUGUAUUGUUGUCCUAUUAGGAUUAUUUUAUAAUAAAAUUACAGGUUAUGGUCGCCAUAAUCAUUCUGAAUAGCAAAAAACAGUUCAAAGAAUUCUGGUGGUGGAAUUCUCAACAUUUCUCGAAGACAUCGCAGAGGGGUUUUGAGACAUGAUUUCACACUGACAACAACUUCACGAAGUUAACUGCGCGCAGUUCUAUCUCCACUCCAGCACCUCUUAUUCUCCAGUACCGUGGAGGUGGAACUGGAAGAGCAGAAGCAGCGAACGAAUUCUAUGACAAGGCUAGGUUGGUGGCAUAAUGGCGUUUCUGCAUGGAGGAAACUGCAGUCCAUAUGAAAUAUUCGUCCGUUAACUGCAAGACAAGAUCAGUACUGCAGUUCCUCUAACGGCAUGAAAUAAAUGGAGGAAAUCUACGUGGUGAAGGUGCGGACUGAGCCGGACCCGGCGCGUCUAUACCCAUCGGAGCGGCGGUACUCGGCCCUCACCGUCGGAGGGCUUGGAGCUGUUCAUCUGUUGCUGGCUGCCACCUCUCUGCUGCUCGGUGGCCUGGGCUUGGCACUCCAGUCAGACUCCUGCUGGACUGGACGCUACGGAGGCGGACUCUGGCUCGGCCUGGCAGCUGCAGCAGCAGGAGCUGCUGGCAUUCUGGCCUGGAGGCGGUGGUACGUGGAUAACAACAUUCGCUGGUUCUUCAUCUGUUCCACUGUAGCUGCUACAACAUCACUCCUUUGCCUUGUCAUCACUGCAGCUGUCCUAGCAGCCAUACAGGAGCAGAGAUCAAACCAGGAACUCUACAGAUCAAUCUACUAUGACCAAGGAUUCAUCCACCAACAGCAACAACCAGUAGAAAUCAACAGCAUAAAAGAAUUACCUUCUCUGAAUCUUCAAGGGUCUCAACAGAAUGACAGCCAUCUCCAAGAAACUCGUGUACAUACAGAAGAAAAUUCAAAAUUACCACAUACUUUCUAUCAUUUUGCUGUAAUCAACCAACACCCUAGCCAAAAGUUAAAGGACAAUCCAGAGCAAGCUACUACUACCACUAGAAUUUUAGAUUACUCACAAGCUGAAUUCCAUCGCAAGCCUUCAGAACAUUCCAAUUCAGAGAAUGAAGAGUCAGGAGGCCAUGAGAUUCAAACAGAAACUGGACCUGGAAACAGUAUUCAGAAGCCAGAUCUCUCAGUGGAUGAUACCAUGAACAUUAGUGCAGACACCUCAGCAGACCAAGAUUCCGAAGUAUGGAAUCAGAAAGGGGCAAUGCUUGGAAUAAAAAAUGCUGAAUAUGCAAGAAAUGGAGAUGGACUUAAUUCUACAGUAGAGCAAAACCACUCUAAGACAGACUCUGAAAGCUUACAAAGCAUAGAUGUCAGAAACAAAACAAGGGGUGAGUCAGUACAUAUUAUGCGGAUUUCUAAAAUUAAAACAAACAAAACAGAUUAUGUAGUGAACAAAACAUUAAACAAACAUGACCCUCCCACCAACACCAACUCUGAUCAAUUUAACCAACCAAAGAAGUCUGCAAAUGAUUAUCAAAAAGAAGAUCAAGUAGAAAAUAAUGAUGGACAUCAAAGAAGAGUAUUCACUGAAGAUGAGCACAUAUCCCCAAAAAUCUUCAGUAAUUAUGACACACAAGAUAUAAUGACAGUACCUUCUAUAAAGUAUGAAACACGGGAUGAAGAGAAUGUCACAGACAUAAUUCAUAAUUCUGAUGAUUCAAACCAAACACUUUCAGAAUUCCUAUCAUCAAAACAAAGUUCAAAACAAGAACAACCACAAUAUAAGUUACCAAGAAGUACCAGGGAAGUGAGAACUGUUGUGGCAAUAAAUAUUCUAGUAGCAUCAGCUCUUGAGCUAGCAUGGUCCUUACUGUCUGCUAACAUAGCUUGGAAAGGGAUGAGGAACUGUUAUCCGCACGAAAACAGCUCUAAUAACUGUGAGAGAACUGUAGAAGGGUUGGAAAGAUUGCCACCCCCGCCACCACCAUCUUCAAAUGAUACACGCAUCUCCAACAAAAGAACUCAUAAAGUAGAUGGUAUUUUUCGUAAACCUGACAUCAUUUCCAACCAUCGAAACUGUCAUCUUGAAAACAGUUUUCAUUUGACUUCAGUACAGAACAAGAAUGGUAUAAAUAGGUUACACAUGAUAAAUACAGUGUCUGAGAGAAUAAAUACUGAACCCUAUUUGCCAAUGGAGGAAAGUACGAUGGAAUAUCAAGAACGUGUACAUCGAUUUUUGGCAUCAAACAGUGUUGCAAAUAAUGCUAGUGACAGUGCUAGUAACUUUGAUUCUUGAAUAGACAGUACUAUUUCAGUGUCGGUUUUUCUUAAUAUGUAAAAUUUAUCUUGUACUGAUUGUGAAAAAGUUAGCAACGAUGCCAAGGAUGGAGAUUUAAAAAUGUGCAAUAUUACUGUAUGAAAUUUCAUAAAAUUGUCCUGUUUAAGAAGGUUGUCAGUUACCAGCUGCAUUUACAGAGAAAAGUGUUGUAGUGCAAUUACAGUCAUGUACAAAACACUUACAAAAUAUAGAUAUUAAGAUACAGGAACAUACAGCAAUGUUAAGUAACACUUGAGAGCAGAACCAAAAGCCACGUCUCCUUUACAGCUGGUAGAGCAUGAUUAAGUGUACAGUGAAAGAUGAUUUAAAUCACAGUAGGCGGCCUAACCUGCCAGAAUAUAUUAAGCAGAUUGGUUCAGAAGGGAAAUGAACAGUCUCAGAUAAGCCAACACUCAACUGAAUACACAAUGAACAUUAUGGGUGUACACCAGUUUCUGGUUAUGUUAUGCAUAUCAACAAAAUGUCCCACAACGAAGUUACAGCAAGUGACUGCUGAAUAAUUAAAACAAACAAAAUAUUCCAAGAUUUUAUAUGCUGCAAAACAAAUGUAAAUGAAGUGCUGUUGUGUAAACCUAUCCCUGUACCAGGCCGUGAAGGCCAAUAGGUUUGUGAGACAUUGAGGGUCCCACAUUAUCU